UCCGUGAAGAGAGCAUUCGUCCAUUUUGCCUUUAUCUUGCGCCUGCGCAGUCCUGCGAGUCUGACCUUCAUCGGAGUAAUCAUGUUCGCCAGGACCAGCGCGUUGGUGUUCGCCCCACAAUGUGGGCAGGUCAGGAACAUGGCUACCCUGAAGGACAUCACCCUUCGGUUGAAGUCCAUCAAGAACAUCCAGAAAAUCACCAAGUCCAUGAAAAUGGUGGCCGCUGCCAAGUAUGCUCGUGCUGAGAGGCAGCUGAAGCCAGCCAGAGUCUACGGCACUGGUGCUGUGGCCCUGUAUGAGAAGGCCGACAUCAAAGUGCCGGAGGAGAAGGCCACCAAGCAUUUGCUCGUUGGUGUGACUUCUGACCGUGGACUCUGUGGUGCCAUCCACUCUGGUGUGGCCAAGGUCAUUAAGAGUGAGAUCGCCACCCUGACCAGUGCUGGCAAGGAGGUCAUGGUGAUCAAUGUGGGAGACAAGCUGAGAGGCCUGCUGCACAGAACUCAUGGAAAGCACAUCAUAUUGAACUGUAAGGACAUCGGCCGCAAGCCCCCCAGCUUUGGCGAUGCUUCAGUCGUCGCCACUGAGCUGCUCAACUCUGGAUAUGAAUUUGACCAGGGCUCUGUUAUCUUCAACAGAUUCAGGUCUGUUAUCUCAUACAAGACGGACCACAAGCCUUUGUUUUCCACAGACACAAUUGCUAACGCAGAGAGCAUGGGUAUCUAUGAUGACAUUGAUGCUGAUGUGCUGAGGAACUACCAGGAGUUUGCUCUGGUCAACAUCAUCUACCUGGCCAUGAAGGAGUCCUCCACCAGUGAGCAGAGUGCCAGGAUGACCGCUAUGGACAACGCCAGCAAGAAUGCCUCUGACAUUAUUGAGAAGCUCACCCUCACUUUCAACCGUACCAGACAGGCCGUCAUCACCAAGGAGCUCAUUGAGAUCAUCUCUGGAGCUGCUGCUCUGAACUGAGGCUUGUUUUAUCAAAGGAGAUAAAUGGGUGAGAUCCUCGUUUCCAUUGCCUAUAGCUCUUCAAAGUACUUCAGACAGGUGUUGUCAAGAGUCUGAACAUUUGUGCUUCUAUUUGUAAAAUAUAUGGAAAAAAUAAACCUCUUACAGAUUCCUCAUACUUUCAUCAGUCCCUGUAUCUGUCUUUCCUCACAAUAAAUGCUGAUGACUGAGAAA